UAGCCAUGUCGUCCUUCAUCAGAAAGGUGAUCAGCACUGCAAAAGCCCCAGGGGCCAUUGGUCCCUACAGUCAAGCUGUGCUAGUCGACAGGACUGUCUACAUUUCGGGACAACUAGGUAUGGAUCCUUCAAAAGGACAGCUUGUGCCAGGAGGGGUGGUAGAAGAAGCUAAACAAGCUCUUAAAAACAUGGGUGAGAUUCUGAAAGCCGCAGGCUGUGACUACAGUAAUGUGGUAAAGACAACUGUGUUGCUGGCUGACAUAAAUGAUUUCGCUGCUGUCAAUGAAGUCUACGCACAGUAUUUCAAGAGUAGUUUUCCUGCAAGAGCUGCUUACCAAGUUGCUGCUUUGCCCAGAGGGGGCCGUGUUGAGAUAGAAGCAAUAGCUGUCCAAGGACCAUUCUCCUCAGCAUGA